AUGUCAGAAUAUGAUAUUCAGGAAAUUAAAGGUGAUGACAAACUUAUUGCAACUGCUUCUGUUACAAGUGAUAUUGAUGAUAAAAGUACAAUAAAGACUACUAAUACUGAUGUUGAUGACUACGUUUCAAAAUUUAUACAGCUUUCAAAUUCGGCAAAGAACGAAGAUUCAAAAGAUAAACAUAUGACUUUGAAAGAAGGGCUACGAACAUUUCCAAAAGCUGUUUUCUUUUCGUUGGUAUUGUCAAGUUGCUUAAUACUCGAGGGGUUCGAUACCAAUCUUCUUAGUAGUUUUUGGGCUUUACCCGGCUUCUGUAAAAAAUUUGGGGUUGAGGGACCUAGUGGUUAUCAAGUUCCCGCUAAAUGGCAAAGUGCAAUUUCCAUGGGUUAUCAAUCUACUCAAUUAAUUGGAUUGUUUUUUGGUGGUGUAUUAGCAGAUGCUAUAGGUUAUAGAUUGACUAUCACUCCAGUCUUAGCUGUUGAAAUGGGUUUCAUCUUUAUUCAAUUUUUUGCACCAACUAAAGAAAUUUUGUUAGUAAGCUAUUUAUGUUGUGGUUUAGUUUAUGGAAGUCUUCAAGUAUUGGCUGUUUGUUAUGCUACUGAUGUUGCUCCUUCCUGCUUAAGGUUGUAUCUUACGUCAUUUAUUAAUAUUGCUUGGGUUAUUGGUCAAUUAAUUAGUAGUUUGGUAUUGAAAGGUAUUGAAAGUAUGAGUGAUCCUAAUGCUUAUCGUAUUGCUUUUGCUAUUCAAUGGUUCUGGCCAGUUCCUAUUAUGAUUGGAGUGUUCUUUGCUCCAGAAUCACCUUAUUUUUUGGUAAGAAAAGGAAGAUUGGAGGAUGCAAAACGUUCUUUAAAUGGGUUAUUAUCAAACAACAAGUAUUUGCCUGAUAAAAGGUUAGUUAUUGAUAGUAUGGUUACUAAAAUUCAAUUAGUUAUAAAAGAAGAAGAAAUUACCGGAAAAGGUGCUACAUUCAAAGAAUGUUUCACUGGUGCUAAUUUUAGACGUACAAGAAUUGCUGCCAUAGUUUGGGUAAUUCAAAAUGUUACUGGUGCUUCACUUAUGGGUUACUCUACUUAUUUUUAUCAACAAGCUGGUUUGGAUGUUUCAAUGUCUUUCACUUUUUCAAUUAUUCAAUAUGUUUUGGGAAUGAUUGGAACUGUUGGUUCAUGGGUGAUUAGUAGAAAGCUCGGUCGUUUUUCAAUCUUCUUCAGUGGUUUAUGUGUGAUGCUUGUUUUGUUAUUAAUUACUGGUGGUUUGGGCUGUGCACAUUCAAAGUCAGCGUCUUGGGGAAUUGGGUCAAUGUUAUUGGUUUAUACUUUUGUCUAUGAUCUUACCAUUGGUCCUAUUAUCUAUUGUAUUGUUGCAGAGAUUCCCUCAGCUAAAUUAAGACAAAAAACAGUUAUGAUGGCUAGAUUUGCUUACAAUGUUGCCGGAAUUGUGGUAUCAAUUAUAUCCAGUUAUAUGUUAAAUCCAACUGCUUGGAAUUGGGGUGCUAAAAGUGCUUUUUUGUGGGCUGGUCUUGCAUUUAUGGCAGUGACAUGGGCUUUCUUUGAGGUUCCGGAAACCAGAAAUAGAACAAUUGCUGAAUUGGAUAAAUUAUUUGAAGAAAAAGUACCAGCAAGAAAAUUCAAAUCUACCGAAGUUAAUACAUUUGAUGUUGGAGAAAUGAUGGAGAGAUUAGGAAACGAUGGUAUUAAAGAUGUUGUUAAUGAAAGAAAGCAUAUUGAAUAUGUUGAUGAAGAAACCAAAUAA